AUGACGUCUGCCGACCAGGAACUUCCGCCCGGCGAAGCGGCACCGGAGCUGCUCGACGGCCGGCUUUGGGUGGAUGGCUGCUUCGAUUUUUUCCACCACGGUCACGCCGGCGCUAUUGUCCAGGCGCGCCAGCUUGGUGACGAGCUCUACAUCGGCGUCCACUCGGACGAAGCCAUUCUCGAGAAUAAGGGGCCAACUGUCAUGAACCUAGAGGAGAGACUGUCCGCCGUGGAUGCGUGUCGUUGGGCGACCCGGUCAGUCCCCAACGCUCCCUACGUCACCCAACUCGACUGGAUUUCGCACUUUGGCUGUCGGUAUGUCGUCCACGGAGACGACAUCACCUCGGACGGCUCCGGCGAGGACUGCUACCGGUUUGUCAAAGCCGCCGAGCGCUUCAAGGUCGUCAAGCGCACGCCCAGCAUCUCCACCACAGACCUCGUCGGCCGGAUGCUGCUCUGCACCAAGACGCAUUUUAUUCGCUCUCUGCAGGCUGCCCUGGCCGGCAAAGAGGGCCCAGGAACGGACGCAGAGCGCAAGGCCACUGGCGAGGCCAUGGCCGAGCGCAUUCGCCUCUAUGCCACCGACGAGACGGCGAAGAACCCGGGCGCCGAAGUGUGGGUGUGGAAGGCCGAUCCCCGGGCCACAGCGCCCACCAGCAAGCCAACCAAGCUGGUGGCUGGCAAGGGCCCGCAGAUAGGACAGCGCGUGGUGUACGUGGAUGGCGGCUUUGACCUGUUUUCCAGCGGCCACAUUGCGUUUCUACAGCGCGUCCUCAAGGCCGAGGAAGAGCGCGCCCGCGCCGACGGCUGGUACGCGCCCGAAGCGGUGGCAGAGCGACGUGGCAAGGCGGCCGGAGACUACCCCCCGGCAUAUGUGGUGGCGGGCGUGCACGACGACGAGGUGAUCAACGAGUGGAAGGGCAUCAACUACCCCAUCAUGAACAUCUUUGAGCGGGGGCUCUGCGUUUUGCAAUGCAAGUACGUCGAUGCCGUGGUGUUUGGAGCACCGUUCACCCCGGUCCGUGACUAUCUGGCAGCACUGCCAUGGGGCAUACCGGAUGCCGUGUACCACGGCCCGACGGCGUUUAUGCCGCUGACGUACGACCCAUACACGGAGCCAAAGGCAAUGGGCAUCUACCAGCAGGUGGGCCCGCACCAGUUUGCCGACGUCAAUGCGGAAACGAUUGUUGCGCGGAUCCUGGCUAGCCGUGACCGGUAUGAGGCUCGGCAACGGGCCAAGGGAGCCAAGUCAGACGUGGAGGAAGCACACAAACGGCGGGAGAAGAUGGUCGAGGAACAGCGGCAGAAGGAGGCAGCAGCAGCGGCCACAACGUGA